AUGGACUGUUCGACCCCACGAGUUGCCCUUGUGCCUCUCAGCAUUGCCGACUGGAAAACAGCUCAGGCAGGUGGCCAUGGUCUUCAGCGGCUGUAUAAACUUGUACAGGAAGAGCACAUAACCAACCCAGAAACGCACGCUUGGAUCUCUCUGGCCACCGAGGAGCAGCUUGAAAACCAAUGGAUUGCUCUGGAGAAGCGUGGGAGCCCUGAUACCCUCCCCUUGUACGGGGUGCCGUUUGCUGUCAAGGACAACAUUGAUGUUGACGGCUUUGUCACUACAGCUGCUUGCCCCAGCUUCAGCUCUAGCCCUGCCGCCUCGGAUGCGGCCGUCAUCUCCAACCUCAAGGCCGCUGGUGCUAUUGUCGUGGGAAAGACAAACCUUGACCAGUUCGCCACUGGUCUGGUCGGAACACGUUCGCCUUAUGGUGCUGUCACCAACUCCUUUGACCCAGGCCGCGUCAGCGGUGGCUCAAGCUCAGGUAGCGCCGUCGUCGUCGCUCGUGGCCGCGUUCCCUUCUCUCUCGGUAGUGACACUGCAGGCUCCGGCCGCAUUCCUGCGGGACUGAACAAUAUUCUUGGGCUCAAGCCUACCCGUGGAGCUCUCAGUGCCCGCGGUGCCCUCCCAGCUUGCCGGACUCUCGACUGCAUCUCCAUAUUUGCGCUUACGGUAGACGACAUCGACCUGGUCCUAUCUCUAGUGGAAGGUUAUGAUAGCCAAGACCCAUACUCUCGACUACGUCCGGACGAGGGCCUCGGCCAUAAAAAAGGGGGAUUCGGUAGCCGUGCUUGUAUGUCACGUCCGUCCCUAGGAAUAUGUGCAGACCCACAAUGGUUCGGCAGAGAUGACCACCACCCAGCAUAUACAAAAGCCCUCGAAAAGGCCAAGUCCCUGGGGUGGAGAUUGACGCCCGUGGAUUUCCAGCCGCUCCUCCAACUCGCGCAACUGCUCUAUUCGGGCCCCUGGGUUGCUGAGCGUUACCAUGCUAUUCGCUCUUUCAUCCGGUCCGAGCCCCAAUCCUUGGACCCGGUCGUUCGGGGAAUCAUCCAAAGCGCAGAAAGUUUCUCUGCUUCCGACGCUUUCGAGGGGGAGUAUCUCCGUCAGGAUCUGACGCGCAAAAUACAAACGACCCUCGCCUCCUUUGACGGCCUCCUAGUUCCCACUUCGCCGACGUUCCCAACCAUGGAGCAAAUUGCUGCUGAUCCGGUAAGAGAAAACUCACUGCUUGGAACCUACACCAACUUUGUCAACUUUCUCGACUGGUCUGCUCUCGCCAUUCCUGCAGGCUACAGGCCCGACGGUCUCCCAUUUGGAAUCACUCUUAUUUCCGACCGCUGGAGAGAACCCCAGCUCUCUUCGUGGGCCCGUGAGUGGUUCUCUGGCCAAGUGAGGACUUUGGGGGCCACAUCUGUCGAGAUAACAGAGCCUACUGUGACCAGUGUGUCGACCAUCCCGGGGCACGUGCAGGUGGCAGUGGUGGGCGCGCAUCUCUCUGGUUUCCCUCUCAACAAGGACCUCGUGUCCCGGCAGGCUACCAUAGUUAGGGCUACAAAGACAUCGCCUCACUACCGCUUUUUCGCACUUGAGUCGAAGUUAGGUCCCAAGAAGCCCGGGCUCAGGAGAGUCCUUUCACAAGAAGAGGGUGCGGCUAUCGAGCUAGAGGUCUGGAACCUCCCCGAGAUUUCUCUUGCGAGCUUCAUGGCAACUAUCCCAUCCCCGCUCUCUCUUGGAAAGGUAGAGCUCGCUGACGGUUCAUGGAUCACCGGGUUCUUGUGUGAGCCCUAUGGACUACAAUCGGCCAUCGAUAUCACCGAAUAUGGUGGCUGGAGGGCUUACCAGGCUACACUCGAUGAUGACGCAGCAGGCUCCUCUUCCAAGGCCGUCAGCAAGGUCCUGAUUGCCAAUCGCGGUGAAAUAGCCUUGCGAAUUAUCGAGACGCUUCACAAGAUGGGCCUCGUGGCGGUGGCAAUUUACUCAGACAUUGAUGCUGACUCUCUGCACGUCCGGAAUGCCGAUAUAUCCCUGAGGCUCGAGGGUACUUCCGUCUCGGAAACAUAUCUCAAUGUGCAACAGAUAAUCAGACUGGCUAAAUCAAAGUCUGUCGAUGGCGUCAUACCUGGAUAUGGGUUCCUUUCUGAGAAUGCCGAAUUUGCGACUGCUGUACAAGAAGCUGGCAUGAUCUGGAUUGGCCCUACCCCUGAGCACAUGUCCGUUCUGGGGUUGAAACACCGUGCACGAGACGUCGCCAUAUCAGCCAAUGUGCCCACCGUACCGGGAAGUAAGGGACUUCUCACAUCUCUUGAUCAUGCCCUUGAUGAAGCCGAGAGGAUCGGGUUCCCGCUGAUGCUCAAGAGCACUGCUGGUGGAGGGGGUAUUGGAAUAAGCCAGUGUUCUGACGGCGAAAGCCUCAAGAAGGUUUUUCACGACGUUCAAAGGCAGGCCGCUGCCAAUUUUGGCGAUGGCGGUGUUUUUCUCGAAAGAUACGUGCAGAAGGCCCGUCAUAUUGAAGUCCAGAUCCUGGGCGAUGGAAAUGGCCGUGUCAUCGUCGCCGGCGAACGAGACUGCUCUUUGCAGCGCCGCAAUCAAAAGGUUAUCGAGGAGAGCCCUGCUGCUAUGGUUCCAUGGGAUGUGAGAGAUAGGAUGCGAGCUGCUGCUGAGCGCCUCGCUUCGUCGGUCAAGUAUCUCAAUGUUGGUACUGUCGAGUUUAUCUACGAUAUGGACAGGCAGGAGUUCUACUUUCUCGAGGUCAACACCCGGCUACAGGUUGAGCACCCUGUCACAGAGCAGGUCACGGGUCUCGACUUGGUGGAAUGUAUGAUCAAGGUUGCCACUGGUCAGGCUGACCACUUGUUCACAGCUGGCCGGGAAUCCGUUCCUGUGUCGGGUGCCUCUGUUGAGGUCAGGAUAUACGCCGAGAGUCCACUGGAAAACUUUUGUCCUUGCUCUGGACGCAUCACAAAGCUCCGACUCCCUUCAACAGUUCGUGUCGACACCUGGGUGGAAGAGGGGACCAACGUCACGACAUCGUACGAUCCGAUGCUCGCCAAGCUUAUAGCCUUUGGGCGAGACCGUGAGGAGGCUAUCGAGAAGCUAUCUGAGAGUCUCGUGCUUACAACAAUCGAAGGAGUGCAGACAAACCUCGAAUACCUGCGACAAAUUGUCACCUCCCGUCUCUUCAAAGGUGGCAAUUUCACGACAAAAUCUAUGGACACAUUUCAGUUCAUCUCGCCUUCCCUCGAGGUCUUGGACCCUGGAGCGCUUACCACAGUCCAAGAUUUUCCGGGCAGACCUGGAUACUGGAGCGUGGGCAUCCCCCCAAGCGGGCCAGCUGACAAUGUGUCUUUCCGCCUCGCCAAUCGACUUGUCGACAAUCCGUUAGAUUUUGCUGGCCUCGAAUGCACUCUCCAGGGGCCCUCGCUGAAGUUUCACUGCGAGGCCGUCAUUGCUGUCACCGGAGCCGAGGCUCAGUUGGAGUUGGAUGGUGAGCACAUUGCCUCACACAGAUCUCAUCGUGUGCAGCCCGGUCAGAUCUUACGGAUCGGCGACUUCACCACCGGCUACAGAGUCUACCUGGCCAUCAAGGGCGGGAUCCAAGUUCCGAUGGUAUUUGGCAGCAGAUCUACAUUCGAACUCGGGAAGAUGGGUGGUUUCAAUGGCCGGAAACUCCGGGCUCGUGAUAUCAUUCCACUGCAAUCUCCUGUAUCCGAGCCGGUAUCUGUUGCUCGCACUGCCACCCCUGCUCCCAUACCAUCCCAGCCACAUGCUGAAUGGCGGAUACGGGCCGUGCCCGGCCCCCAUGGGGCCCCGGAUCAUUUCACACACGACAGCGUCAAGGAGCUAUUCUCGAGCCCCUGGAAGGUUCACCAUAACAGCAACCGACUGGGUGUGAGGCUCACCGGUCCCCGUCCCGAAUGGGCCCGCGCCACCGGCGGUGAGGCAGGCCUACACCCCUCCAACAUCCACGACAGUCCGUACUCGGUUGGAAGUGUGAGCUUUACUGGAGACGAGGCAGUGGCGCUCACAUGCGACGGUCCCAGCCUUGGAGGAUUUGUGGUGUUUUGCGUGGUGGCGUCUGCCGAUCUAUGGAAGCUGGGCCAAGCCCGUCCCGGAGACACCAUAUACUUCCACCCUAUCGACGUUGACGAAGCUCUUGGGCUUGAAAAGCAACUGAGAAGUGCCAUUGAGAGUCUGGGACCGCUCCCAGAGGCUGGUGAACAUGAUUCGACCAUUCUGGCUGAGCAGGUGGUGAACCAGCCCGUGGUUCUCGCCAGGAUCGAAGGCAGCGGCUACGAGAUGAGCGUGCGGCAAUCUGGCGAGCAAGCUCUGAUGCUACUUCAAGACGACAGGUUCAAUCUGCGUCAAAACUUCAUCACCCUGGCCUUUUGUCGACACCAUGAGCAGAAGCCUAUCCCCGGAGUUGAGGAAUUAACUCCUGGAGUGUGCAGUCUGCACGUCAUCUUCAAGGCUGGGAUUUCCACCGCAACCAUGAUCGGCCGCAUCAAAGAGCAUGUCGACUCUUACGUGGUACCGAGCUCUCUGCCGUCUCGGACGGUCUACAUGCCGUUUGCCUUUGACGACGCCGUGUCCCAAGCCGCUGUGCAGAGGUACACUGACACCAUCAGAAACGAGGCUCCCUGGCUACCGAGCAACGUGAAUUUCCUGCAGGAACUAAAUGGGAUAGAUGACAUCAAGAGCCUGAUGCACCGUGCCAGGUUUAUAGUCAUCGGCCUCGGCGAUGUCUUCAUGGGGUCCCCCUGCGCUGUGCCACUGGAUCCGCGCGAUCGCCUCUUUGGCACCAAGUACAACCCAUCUCGCUCGUUUACGCCCAAGGGCGCCGUCGGAAUAGGCGGCCAGUACCUGUGCAUCUACGCCACAGACUCUCCCGGUGGAUACCAGCUUGUCGGGCGCACCAAGGAGAUUUGGGACUCGGACCGCGUGCCCUCGGGGCCCGUCUUGGAGGACGGCAACGUGCCGCCCUGGGCCUUUCGCCUGUUUGACCGUAUCGCCUUCUACCCGGUCACGGAGGAGGAGCUCGACUCCAGGUCGUUUGCAGAGCUCGUCCGCGUAGAGGACGGUGAGCUCGACAUUGCCGAGUACGAGGCCCUGCUCGACAGAGACCAGGAGGACAUCGCAGCGUACAAGGCGUCUCAGUCGAGGGCCAUUGCCAACGUGUCCUUUCUCGAUCAGCUCACACAGCCUUUCCACCCGAGCAGGGAUGCGUCCAAGAUGCAUGCCAAGGAAGCGGACACGACCGGAGAACGUGUCAGAGCGGUGAUACCGGGACGCUGCUACAAGGUCAAUGUCAAGGAGGGAGAUGUGGUGAAGAAGGGAGAUAUACUGAUUUAUGUUGAAUCGAGUAAAAUGGAGGUUGGUCUGGAAAGCCGAACGUCAGGAAGGUGUGUGGCCGUCCUCGUGGAGGCGGGUGACAUGGUGGAGGCGAAUGACGACCUGGUGAUUCUAGCUACGGCAUGA